AUGAAAUCCGCCAUCCUCCACGCCCUCAUCAUCGCCGGCGCCUCGGCCGCUGCGGUGCAGAAGCACAAGCCCAACACCACACCCAAACGCCAAUCCGGCACGACGCUCAUCCCCAACACGUGUUUUGAUGAUUACUCGAGCCUGGAGGAGUACUUCAACUACUUGUACCCGUGGGGCAGCGACCACAACGGGUCGGCGCGCAUGCAGGGCGACAGCGACGACCACGAGUACAUCGCCAUCGACCCGGCGGGCCAGCUGACCAUCACGGCGAAACCCGUCUCCGGCCAGCCCGACACCAGCGGCGGCCUCGCCAUCAACUACCUGUCCGGCGCCGUGCACGCCAAGCAGCAUUUUGUUGUUGAGGCGGGUGGUGGGCUCGACUUCUCGGCGUCUUUCCUGGCGACGACGGAUCGUGGCACCUGGCCCGCGUUCUGGUUGACGGCGACGGAGGGCUGGCCGCCGGAGAUUGAUAUGGCUGAGUGGAAGGGCUCGGGCGACAUCUCGUUCAACACGUUCAACACCAGCUCCGAGGUCACGGCCAAGGACGUCGAGUACCCCUCCCCGACCGAGUUCCACGACAUCAAGGCCGAGCUGCGCGACGAGAACGGCAGCGACGUGUCCAUCAACUUUUACAUGGACGGCCAGCUCAUCACCACCCAGGUCGGCAAGGGCUACGUCGGCGCCGGUUUCUGGCUCAUCAUCAACUUGCAGAUGGAGGGCUCUUCGGGCUCCCCGGGACCGACGACCGACACGGUGUACGCAGUGAAGAACCUUGAGGUUAUCAGCUACAACCCGUAG